AUGCAGCAGCAGCAAAUGCUGCAGAUGCAGCAAUUGCUGCAAAAAAUAGAACAGGCUCAGUAUAUCCCGCCCCCAGUACCACAGCAACAGCCGCAAAUACAACCGGCAGUAUAUACACCGCCCCCAGUACCACAGCAACAGCCGCAGAAACAACCGGCAGGACAUACACCGUAUCAACCGUACGUGUCACAGAUGAACGAGCUGUAUGAGCCUGAGGUGCAAAACAACAAAAAAGCAGCUCAUUCGUCAAUAUAGAAGAAAGUUGAAUAAGCUGCGGCGCGAAACAGCGCCACCGUCCAGCCGCGGUCGCGGAAUUGGCAGGGGAG